UGCAGAAGGUUUUAUUUUUCCAGAGACAAUACGCCUGGAGUACAAGAUGGAACAUCGACCAUCAUACAGGCAGACAGUGGCUGGAAAGGGCUCAACCAGCCACCACAAGUCAUCCAUAGGCGGGAAGCAGCCACACAAGAAGCGAGUGUUCUCAACAUGUGAGGCCUUAGAUGGUGAAAUGUUGAAGAGACUCAUCCAAAAAGAUGAGCAGCGGAGGAUCAAGGAGCAGCGGAACUCUAGGAAAGGUUGGCUGAGGGCAUGGGGUGCCCUGCAGGACUGGAUGCAUCAGCUGUUCAGGAUCAUUGUGGCCUUCACAGAAGACCCCAUGUUUGACAAGUUCAUCCUGUUUGUGGUGGUGCUCAACACAGGGACCCUGGUGGCCCAGACAUUUGAAAGUGUGACUGUGAGAGGAGGGUGGUUCUUCUCAGCUCUCGAUUCUGCUUUUCUGGCGAUCUAUUUAACGGAAUGUGUGCUGAAACUGCUUGUCUGGGGUCGACUCUACUUCAAAAAUCCCUGGAAUGACCUGGACUUUUUCAUAAUUACGAUGAGCCUCAUUGACUUCCUGCUGCCACUCAUUGAGUCUGCAGGGAACUUCAGUGGAGGCCAGGCAUCCACAAUCUUCCGCAUCCUCAAGCUCUUCAAAGGGGUCCGGGCCAUCCGAGCGUUCCGGGUCUUGCGUACCAUCCGCUUCCUCCAAAAUCUCCAGUCCAUUGUGUCCACCUGUCUCCAGUCUCUCCAGUCCAUGGGUGCCAUCAUCAUCCUCAUGUUCACAUUCCUCUUCAUGUUUGCUGUCAUUUUCCGAGAGAUGUUUAACGAGUCUGACCCGCAUCGCUUUGGCACCAUGUUUCGGACAAUUUUCACUCUGUUCCAGCUGCUCACGCUGGAUGACUGGGCUUUCAUUUACUCUACCAGCCGAGACAACGGUGCACCUCAUAUUAUCAUCUUUCUUGUCCUGUACAUUGUGGUGGAAUACUUCACUUUCCUCAAUCUAUUCAUUGCUGUCCUUGUCGACAACUUCCAGAUGACAAUCAAGAGACGGAUGGCGUCAAAGAUCCAAAAGUUCCAAGAGGUAUAUGAGAGCGAGAUGCAGUCAAUGAAGAAGUUAGAGCCCCAGCCCAUUGAACCACAGACCGAUGAGGAGUUCUAUGAAGAGGCCCUCAAAUUGAGCUAUAGUGAAAAUAAGUAUGGAAAGAGGGAGAUAGAGCUGAUCACCAGCUACCUCAGACUGCUGGCAGCCAUAGAUCAGAACCAGCAGACGUUCCGCUCCCAGGGCUGUGUUCUGGAGCGCCUCAUCGAUGCCUUCUUUGAGGCAACACAGGAGGACAUUCAGGGGAAUGACCACGAAUAGGGAAAUAAGUGUCAAACUUAAAGAAAACAACCUUAUUUCUUUCUCCAGAUCAGUGAUGACAACUCAGAUUUUAUCCUUUGAAAACUCAUAAAGUCAUGAAACCCAGUAAAAGUGUCCUGGUUUAUUAGAUAUGUGUAAAUCCAUCGCUCUUUAGGCUAUUAUAACAAUAAUCUGUUUGUUAGAUUUAUAGCCUUUUUCAGUGUUGCCAAAAAUCACUGAUUCCCCUAUCUCUAAACCACUUACAAACCCAUGCACUGUUCAUAUAAUACAAAAGAGAAAACAAAUCAAUGUUGAAUUUGCACUUAAAUAUGAAGGGAAAUAACUAAAUAUUAGCGACAACAGAAAAACAAAGUAUGAAUCACUUGUUACAAAUCCCUAACUAUACACACAAAUGUACAGUAAAUAGUCAUUAAAUUAAAUGACACAUAUUGUGCCAAACAUGUUAAUUUACAUUCAAGUUUUUUUUUUUUUAAG